ACUACCAGACGAUGUACAAUUCCAGAUCUACCGGUUUCUGGCAUUCUUUCAUAGUUGUGAAGCUUCACAAUAAGAUUUUGUUCGAAUAGCUCAGUCCUCAUUCGCUGAUCCAUGGAGUUCACUGACUCUUACAAGCAAACAGGCCCGUGUUGUUUUUCACCGAACGCUCGCUUCAUAGCCGUUGCCGUCGAUUAUCGCCUCGUAAUUCGGGAUACUCUGUCUUUCAAGGUCGUGCAGUUGUUCUCUUGCUUAGACAAGAUUAGCUAUAUUGAAUGGGCCCUCGAUUCUGAAUACAUUCUUUGUGGUCUAUAUAAAAGGCCAAUGAUACAAGCUUGGUCGCUGACCCAGCCUGAAUGGACAUGCAAGAUAGAUGAAGGUCCUGCUGGUAUUGCAUAUGCCAGGUGGAGCCCAGAUAGUCGCCACAUACUGACCACAACAGAUUUCCAGUUGCAGCUAACAGUUUGGUCAUUAGUAAACACAGCUUGUGUGCAUGUGCAAUGGCCAAAACAUGCUUCUAGGGGAGUCUCUUUCACUCGAGAUGGAAAAUUUGCUGCAAUUUGCACUAGGCGUGAUUGUAAGGACUAUAUCAAUCUAUUAUCUUGUCAUACGUGGGAAAUAAUGGGCAUUUUUGCUGUUGACACUCAAGACUUGGCUGAUCUUGAAUGGUCACCUGAUGAUAGUUCUGUAGUGAUUUGGGAUUCACCACUUGAGUACAAGGUUCUAAUCUAUUCUCCUGACGGAAGGUGCCUUCUCAAGUAUCAACCAUAUGAAAGUGGAUUAGGAGUUAAAAGCGUGUCAUGGUCUCCUUGUGGUCAGUUUCUAGCAGUGGGUAGUUAUGAUCAGAUGUUGCGGGUUCUGAAUCAUCUGACUUGGAAGACAUUUGCAGAGUUGAUGCACUUAUCUACAGUCCGUGGUCCUUGUUAUGCUACUGUUUUCAAGGAGGUAGAUGAGCCACUGCAAUUUGAUAUGUCUGAGCUAUGCCUGAGCGAUGAUUUUUCUCAUGGAAAUGAUGCAAAUGUACCAGAAGCACCCUUCAGAGUCAGGUACGAGGUUAUGGAAGUACCUAUUAAUUUGCCAUUCCAGAAACCUCCUGCAGACAAACCAAAUCCCAAACAAGGAAUUGGUCUUUUGUCUUGGAGCAAUAACAGCCAAUAUAUUUGCACACGAAACGACAGCAUGCCUACGACGCUAUGGAUAUGGGAUAUUCGACAUCUCGAGCUUGCUGCAAUCCUAGUGCAGAAAGAUCCCAUCAAAGCAGCAGCAUGGGAUCCAACAUGCACACGUCUUGUUGUUUGCACCGCAAGCACACAUUUGUAUAUGUGGACUCCCUCUGGUGCCUAUUGUGUUCACGUUCCUUUACCACAGUUCACAGUAACAGACCUGAAAUGGAAUUCAGAUGGAAGCUGUCUUCUCCUUAAGGACAAGGAAUCAUUCUGUUGUGCUGCUGUACCUUUAUUGGCAGAGGAGUCUAGCGAAUACAGCUCAGAGGAGUGAUACUUCCACCAGAAACCAAAGUAAUGGUAAAUAUGAGCAACUCGCUCUAUUUCUUUACAUUUGGAAGACUAGAACCUGGGAUUAGGAUCAUAGAUUCAUGGCAGAGAAUUCUUGUAUAUGUGCCGUGUACUUGUGUUCAACGGCUGAGACUUAAUCUGUAUGUGGGCUCUACAUGUACAGAUCGAAUUUGAGCCACAGAAUAUAUGUAAACCGGUUUAGGUAGGGCAAUCGUGCAUAAAAA